AUGGACAAGACAUCAUCAGCAGGUUUGGAUGCUGGGAAAAAAAAUGCAUACAUAGCAAUCAAAGUAGAUCCUGAUGAGGAUUACUGUACCCCAGGUGCAUUUGAACUGGAGCGACUCUUCUGGAAAGGAUGCCCAAAGUACACUCAUGUCAAUGAAGUCUGGCCCAACCUCUACAUAGGAGAUGAGAAAACUGCGUUAGAUCGCUACAGCCUUGGGAAGGCAGGCUUCACCCACAUCCUCAACGCAGCCCACGGUCAGCGGAAUGUGGACACAGGACCAGAAUAUUACGACAACAUGAAUGUGCAGUACCAUGGAGUGGAAGCUGAUGAUCUUCCCACUUUCCAGCUCAGCCAGUUCUUUUAUUCAGCUUCUAAAUUCAUUGACAAUGCACUUCAGGACGAAAGAAACAAGGUUCUGGUUCACUGUGUUAUGGGGCGCAGCCGGUCAGCCACGUUGGUCUUGGCUUACCUGAUGAUUUACAAGAACAUGACAGUAGUGGAUGCCAUUAAGCAAGUAUCAACACACCGAUGCAUCUUGCCAAACCGGGGCUUCUUGAAGCAGCUGAGAGAACUGGACAUAGAGUUGGCACUGCAGAGGAGGAACACCAAAAACAGCCUGCCAUCUGAUGAUGAGAACAGCAUCGUGAUCUAA